UAGUGCCGAAACACUCGUAUCCAAAUGAUGAAAAUAAGUCAGCCAUUGAAUCGCGGAGAAGAUAGGCCUACAGUAAACAAUAUUCAGAAUAUUAAUUGCUCUUAAGUCAUGAAGUCAUCGAACCUACCAUAUAAUACUUUUAUUACGCCAAACGCCAUUUAUAUGCGCCAAUAAGGUCUUCCUAGUGAGAAGUCUGAAAAUAUGACUGUUGAACAGCCGACUUUACCACAACACAAAAUUCAUGCACAGAGACCUAGAGAUGCAGAGAGUCUGUUGUUUGCAAAAGUCAAAGAAGUUACUGGGGUUAAUGAUGACAUGGUGAUAAGGAGAGCAUGUGAAGCCUGCCAAGAUAGUAAUGGAAAAGUAAAAGUGGAAGAUGUGGUUACAGUCUUAUUGAAUGAUGACUCAGUUCACACAAAAACAAAGUCUAAGAUGGUUGCAUUUUCUCCGAAAAAUGAAAUUACUAAAUGCUCUGAAUCACAACCUCGACAGUCAACAAUGAACGAUAAUGGGAAACCAAACGAGAGUGUUUCUGUUAAACAGGAUGUACCAUACGGUCCUUUGAACAAGAACCAAGGUGUUAUUGAUUUGACUAGUGAUAAUAGUGACCAGGAUGAUAUUCAGAAAGCCAUAGCUGCAAGCUUACAAGAAACACAGGGAAUUUUAGCUGGACAAUUAUCAAGGGAGGAGCAAGAUAUCAGCAGAGUAUUAGAACAAAGUCUGGCUGAAAGCAAAGCAGGAUCAAAGAGGAAGCGAGGUGAUGUAUGUUUUGUUGAUCCACUGAAUCCACAUGAAAGAAAGAGACAAGAAGGCUGUCCUGUAGGACUAAAAAAUGUUGGAAAUACAUGCUGGUUUAGUGCUGUUAUUCAGUCUCUCUUUCAUUUACGGAAAUUUCGGCAUUUAGUUUUAAACUUCAAGAUCCCAAAGGAGUUAUUGAAAGAAAAUACAGAUGUGACAAGAAACAUCCGCUUUAUGCAGGAGCUUCGAUAUCUAUUUGCUCUGAUGAUUGGCUCUCAGAAGAAAUAUGUAGACCCAUCAAAGGCAGUAGAGAUAUUGAAAGAGGCUUUCUCCUCAUCUGCAUCCUCUGGUGUUGGUGACAGUCAGCAGGAUGUUAGUGAAUUCCAACAUAAACUACUAGAAUGGUUGGAGGAUGCUUUCAAGUCUCAUCUAUGUAGGUCUUCAUCUCCUUCACUGUGUGGUAGUAGUACUGGAGAAACAAGGCAAAAUAGGAAUCCAAUGUGUGAAUUGUUUUAUGGACAAUACAGAGCAGAGGGUACCAAUGAAGGGAAAGGAUUUAGCAAUGAAGAAAAUUUUGGUCAAUUUCCUCUACAAGUGAAUGGUUUCUGCGACAUUCAUGAAAGUUUGGAGGCCGCCACAGCUCAAGGUGAAAUUGAGACAAUCAGCAGAGAUGCUACACAAAAAUCAGGACAAGAGCUGUGGUUUACAAAGCUUCCACCUGUGUUGACCUUUGAAUUUUCACGUUUUCAAUUUAAUCAACAACUAGGAAGACCAGAAAAAAUACACAAUAAGAUAGAAUUCCCUCAUGUAAUAUAUAUGGAUAGGUAUUUAGACUGCAACAAAAAUGAUACUCGACAACGAAGAGAAGAAGUCAGGAAAUUAAUGGAGGAGCUUGUGGUUUUGUAUGCCAGAUUAGACAAAUUUAAUCACUAUGGAUCAGGAAGUAAAAAAGUUCCCUUGCAAGAUGUUCUUACAUAUGCUUUGGAAUUUGCUCAAAACAAACCAGGAUUGAACACUUUAGAGGAUGUGGACAUGCAAUCUUCCAAGUCGUCCAACAACAUGAAUGCAGACAUGAAAAAACAGGAAUUCAGAUUUGAAAUGGCAAAUGAAGUUUGCUGUUCCCUGUCUACAGAUGUUGAAAUGACUGCAAUUCCUUCUACUCCAGUAAAAGAAAAUAAAGAUAUAAAUUGCAUUAGUGAUCCAGCUCCACGCCAAGUCAGUGAUAAUGAGUUGCAGGUUCUUCAGGAAUGUCUUCAUAGGUGGAGAACAGAAGUAGAACAAGAUGUAAAGGAAUUACAGGAGAAAAUAAGUAAACUAGAAGCAAUGAAAAACAGUAUGUAUUCAGAUGAGACUUUGAAACAGUAUCCGUAUCAGUUACAUGCUGUGUUGGUGCAUGAAGGACAGGCUGCUGCCGGCCAUUAUUGGGCCUACAUUUAUGACUCCAUGAAUGAGAAGUGGCUUAAAUUUAAUGACAUUGCUGUGACCUGUACAUCAUGGGAUGACUUGGUGAAGGAGAGUGUUGGAGGAUAUCAUAAUGCUAGUGCAUAUUGCUUAAUGUAUGUGCAGCAGUCAAAUAUGGAACCCUAUACAGAGCCCCCUACAGACUUUCCACCACAGUCUUAUAUAGAAAAACUUCCAGAAGAUUUAAAAGAGUUUGUUGUUCAGGACAAUAAAAAAUUUGCUCAGGAGAUGCUAGAUUGGGACGAAGCACAGGCUAGAAAACCAGUUACUCCCACCGGAGAAUCCAGAAAUAAAGAAGGAGGGGAUGGAGAUGCGAAACAAGAAAGAGCAGUACUCAAAAAUCCUUCUAGUCAAACAGCAAGCACACAAACUCCCAUUGUAAUCAAAUCAAACCUUCCAGUUCAGCAUGCAGAGAUGCUUGUUGAGGAAACCAGGAAGCAGUUGUCACUUGUAUUAAAACUUGAAAAUUACUUAAUGAAAGGACCAGAGACUAUUCUAAAAUUGGCUAUCGAGAAGGAGCUGAAACACAUGGAUCAAAUUUUUUUGAGCCUUGCUCAAAAAGUCCCUCGUGAAGACCCUCGCCUGUUAUAUCCAGUUGUGUACCUCAGGUGUUGUACUGCACCAGCAAGAGUCAUAGAUCAAUUUUUACAUGAGCAAUUUUCUUACUGUCCACUUGAUGGGGAUAAAAGAGCUGAAGAAGUUAAAAAAGCUGCAAUAAACUGGUUGAAAGUUCAGCAUCAAGUUUCUGAUGGUGAUGUACUGGAAAAAAAUACCCAGAACUGGCAUGAAAAAUACAAUCAAUUUAGGAAAAUUGCUUUCCUGUUUGUUAGAGGACUCCAGCUCUUCCACAAUGAAAGAUAUGAAGAUGCUUUGUUGUAUUUAGUCCAUUGCCAUGUGUUAAAUGGUAACCUAGUUGACAAGAAUAAUGAACAGUGGGGUUUGGAGAAAAAAUUGGUCAAUUUUUACAGAAGACAAUGCUUGUUGCAUCUUAAUGAUAUGGCUACUAGUCAGUUUCAAUCUAAAGAUGACAUUCGAGAUAGCUUAAAGUUGAUGAAUGACUUCGUGGUUCCCUGUCUUCCUUUACUUCUAACCUCAAGUUAUCAAGAUGAUAUCAGUGCAGGAGAAGAAAUGAGAGAAAAGUGGUGCUCGUUUUUGGGACAAGAAAUAUGCGAGGAUAAAAUUGAAAAGCUUCAGGAUUUAAUGUCAAAGUUGUUCGAUCCUCCAACAGAGAGUAAGAGUGCUCAGAUUGCAGCUGUUACAUCAAAAGACUUGAAAGACCUUUAUAAAAACUAUAUGGAUGUCAUGAACAUUGCCUAUAACUCAGGAUAUAUUGAGAGAGCUAUCAACAGCAGUUAAAAAGUUAACAUUAGAAUAUAGCUGUAUUCUUCUUUCCUUAUCUUUUGAAUUUAAUCAGCUAGUUAGAAAAAAAGUUGUACAUGAACAAGGUAUAGGAGUGAUUACCAUUUUGAAUUUACACCCAUGAUUGGACAAAAUAUACAAGAUUUAAUGGCUCUUAUAACAUUUACAACAUUUAGAGGGAAGUAAUUGGAUGUGAUCGUCCUGAUUAAUUUUUUUUCAAUUUUUUAUUCUUUUGAAUCACUGUGCUUGUUUCAACCAAACAAAGCACUAAGUUUGUAAUUUUAACAUCUAAAAUUCUGUUGACGUUGAUGCAAACUCAUUAUCACAUCAGUACCAUAUUUAUGUACAUAGAAUGUGAAUUGUUAAUAAAAGAGUUCUGUUUA